GCAACGCUCGCGCCCCGAACAGCUGAGCCGACGUUGCCAGGUGCCACGAAAGUGGGGCCGACGAAAAAAAGCAACAGAAAGGCGAAAUGGAGAAACAACAAUAAAAGAAACGCUACUCAUAGUAUUAUUAACCGAAAAGCGCGGCGCGCCCACAAUGUUUCUGACUGCGAACGGAGGCGGCUGUCUUUUUUGCGAGUAAGCGGAGCGGUUGUUUACGUUCUGAUAGAAAACCACAACAAAUAGCAUCGAAUAACAAUAACAAUGAAACAUGCAAAUAAAACGUAAGGCGGCGCAAAUAAAUGAUUUAAAUUUAACACACGGUGCACGAUGACCGCUUAGAAGAGAGCAGGAAGAAUCAAAAGAAUUCAAGAAGCGCAAAGAGAGGCAAAGAAAGUAAAAAAUAAGGCCAAACCGAUUUGUUUUUUUUUUUUGUUUGUUUUAUUUUUGUUGUGGUGUGGCUUCAGUUGGUUUUCUUUUUUGAGCAAGAAUAACAAAUGAAACACCGCACUUGAAAUGGAAUUCCUGGAGAACCUCUACAAGACGCUGCAAAGUCUGCUGUCCUCCUACAUCGAUCUGGACUAUUCGCUAUGGCUUUAUCGUUUCUUGACCCCGCUAAUUGUCACCUUUCUGCUGCCUUUGGUCUUCGUCGCCCUCAUAUACAUUUCGUUCCUGGUGCUCUUCAUCUACAAGUUGCACAGGCAGGUGAUCAUGCGAGCGGUGCAGGGCGAUCGCAACUUCUGGCGGGUCGGCCGGAAGAUUGUGGCGGCGAUUUGGGACGCGCACGCCCGGAUCUACCACGGCUACGAGGUGAUCGGGCUGGAGAACGUGCCGCAGGAGGGCCCGGCGCUGAUCGUCUACUACCACGGAGCCAUUCCCAUCGACAUGUACUACCUGAACUCGCGGAUGCUGCUGCAGCGCGAGCGCCUGAUCUACACGAUCGGCGACCGGUUCCUGUUCAAGCUGCCCGGCUGGGGCACCAUUUCGGAGGCAUUCCACGUCAGUCCCGGCACCGUGCAGUCGUGCGUGAGCAUCCUGCGCGAUGGCAACCUGCUGGCCAUUUCGCCGGGCGGCGUCUAUGAGGCGCAGUUCGGAGACCACUACUACGAGCUCCUCUGGCGGAACCGCGUCGGCUUCGCCAAGGUGGCCAUCGAGGCGAAGGCCCCGAUCAUUCCCUGCUUCACGCAGAACCUGCGCGAGGGCUUCCGCCAGGUGGGCAUCUUCCGCACCUUCUUCAUGCGGCUCUACAACAAGGUGCGCAUCCCGGUGUACCCCAUCUACGGCGGAUUCCCCGUCAAGUUCCGCACGUACCUGGGCAAGCCCAUUCCGUACGACGAGAGCCUCACGCCGCAGGACCUCCAAGUUAAGGUGGCCACCGCGAUCGAGGAUCUGAUCAAUCAGCACCAGCGCCUGCCGGGGAGCAUUCUGCUGGCCCUGCUGGAUCGCCUGCCGUCGUUCAGGAGACGCCUCAAGAAGAAGGACGAGUGAUCCCGGUGGAGGAGGUCCUCGCGCGUCAAUCCCAUUUCCGUAUAGAGUAUAGAGAGAUUAACAGAUUGACUUUGGUUCUGGCCAUAUAAAGACUUUGUUCCAUGUACUUCACGAUGUAUAGGCGGCGCCAUAUAUAUCUCCGUAGGAUCAUACUUACACGUAACUUAAACAAUCGCUGUAAGCUGUAAAUGUCUCCCAGCCCCAGUUCCUUUUGUUCGUUCGUUAGUCGUUAGUCACAUCUCAAGUUCAAUGAAAUCCGGACGCGUGGAUCACUUAAGUAAUGCACUCGUCGUCGUAAGGCGUAUAAACUUUUUAAUUAGCCCCAAAUAAGACUACCCAGCCCACACUUGAGUCAAACCGCGAACAAAGAGAACCUUUACCUUAACUUUUUUACUUGAGUGCAUGGUUUUGCAACAAAAAGAACCUUAACCGAUUUCGUUUUCUUUUUAGUGUAAUUUGCAACACGUGAAACAAUUAUCUAAUUAGUUUUGCAUUAAGUAUAUCGUGCAUAUAUCAUUUUUGUACCUUUUUUAUUAAAAAGAAGAAAAACACCUAACAAUGGAGGAGGAGACGAAAUAUAUCUGCCUGUGAGUGUGUGCAUGUCUGUAAAAGUGUGUGCGAUUGUGUGUACUAUAUAGUUAAGAAAAUCGUGUAUAAUAUAGCCGUAGUAAUAUCUGAGUAUUCCAAAUGGCAGGAAUUCUUUAAACAAAAAAGUAAAUAAACGCUGAAAACUGAAA